AUGGAUAUUUCAGAUAAAAAUUUCAAACCAUGUCCUUGUGGAUAUCAAGUUUGUCAAUUUUGUUAUAAUAAUAUUCGUCAAAAUCCAGAAUUAAAUGGGAAAUGUCCAGCAUGUCGUAGAACUUAUGAUGAUGAAUCUGUGGAAUAUAAAGUUGUGUCUCAAGAAGAAUGGAAAUAUGAACAUAGUAAACAAACAAGAAGAGAUCGUGAAAGAAAACAAAAAGAAAAGGAAAAGAAAGAACAUGAACAAGCUAAUAGAAAACAUCUUGCUGGUAUGAGAGUAAUUCAAAAAAAUUUGGUUUAUGUUGUUGGUUUAAACCCUUCAGUAGCUUCAGAUGAACUGCAUACAAUUUUAAGAUCUGAUAAAUAUUUUGGUCAAUAUGGUAAAAUUCAAAAAAUUGUAAUUAAUAAAAGAACUCCUCCAGCUGGUGUUCCUCAAAGUCAUAAUCAAAAUCUUGGUUUUGGAGUUUAUGUUACAUUCAAUAAGAAAGAAGAAGCAACAAAAUGUAUUAAUGCUAUUGAUGGUACUUAUAUUGAUGGUAGACCUUUAAAAGCUGCUUAUGGUACAACCAAAUAUUGUUCUUCAUAUUUAAGAGGUCAAAAUUGUCCAAAUCCAAAUUGUAUGUUCUUACACGAACCUGGUGAAGAAGCUGAUUCUUAUACAAGACAAGAUUUAUCAACAAGACAAGGUCUAAAGAUGAAUGGGGAUCCAAACAGUACUCAACAUCAAGGUUUAUCACAAUCACAACAACAAAAUGGAUUCAAAUCAUCUUCACAAUUUUCAAAUCCAAGAUAUUCUAAUAAUUCUCAAUAUUAUAAUCAUCAUAAUGGUUCUUCAUCUUCCAUUCAUCACAGAGAUCAAGAUGAAAAUAAUUACUCAUAUUCCAAUAGUAAUAAUAACAAUAAUAGUAAUAAUGGUAAUCAUACUCCACAACCAUCACAUACACAACCAAUAUUGGGAAGUGCACCUUUACCAGCAACUGCAUCAUGGGCAAGCAAUUCAAUUCCAAAAACUUCAAAUGUUUCAUCUCCAACAAAUGCAACAAGUGUUUUAGCAAAUUCUUCUGCCUUCCCAACUUUAGCUGAAUCUACCACUUUACAACAACAGCAACAACAUCAUCAACAACAACAAACCAGAAAACAAAAAGCUUCUAAUAAUAAUAGUAAUAAUAAUAAUCAAGGUGAUGAAUUUAGUUAUGAACAAGCUGCUGUUUCAUUUAUUGAUGAAACUUUAAAUUUCUUAAAUUCUUUACCAAGAUUCAAUUAUCAAAUCAAAUCAAAUGUUAUUGAUGAAGAAUUAGAUUCUUUCCCUCCAUUAUUUGCAUACUCUAAUAUUAAAGUGGAUAAUACACCAGGAUCAUUCAAUUUAAAACUUGUUGAAUCAUUAAUUUCAAAACCUGUCACUAAGUCAAUUUCACCUCAAUUACAACAAUUAGCAUUACAACAACAACAACAAGCUCAAAUUCAACAAAACCAACAAUUGGCUCAAGUUCAAGCACAAGUCCAAGCUCAACAAACUCAAGCUCAAUUAACACCAUCUCAACAAGCUCCACAAUUGAAUGAUUUUACACAAGCUUAUACUCAACAACAACAACAACAAAGACCACAAUCACAAUCCCAAAACCCUCAACAAUUUUAUUCACCACAAGCUACAGCUGCAGGUUUAUUACAACAACAACAACAAUUCGGUAAUCAAGAUCAAGCACAAUUAUUACAAGAACAAUUGAGACAACAACAACAACAACAAAUUUUAUUAAAUCAAUUGAAAAAUGAACGUAAUUUUUCAGCUACUCCACCACCACCAGGUUUAUAUCAAAAUUCAGGUGCACCAAAUUCAGCUACAGAAUCUCAACAAUCAAAUCAAGUUGGUGGUACUGCAUCAGAAUUAUUAUUUCAUUUAAUGAAUGGUAAAAAAAUUAGUACUUAA